UCAGCCAUCCCACAGUCCGUGUCUCUUCCUAUCUGCUGUGCUAGCCUAGAGCCAAGGAUCCCAGAAGCAAUGCCUCUGUUCAAACUUGCAGCAGAAGAAAAACAUGUUGAUGAUGCAAUGCGUAGCUUUGCUGAAAAAGUGUUUGCCUCUGAAGUCAAAGAUGAGGGAGGCCGUCAUGAAAUUUCCCCCUUUGACGUGGACGAGAUCUGUCCGAUUUCUUUUCACGAGAUGCAAGCACAUAUAUUCCACAAGGAGACUCUCUCCACUCCCCUGGACGGCCGGAGAAAAAGGCGCUUUCAAGGGCGGAAGACCGUGAAUCUGUCAAUUCCACUAAGUGAAACAUCUUCUACCAAACUGUCCCAUAUUGAUGAAUGCAUUUCUUCAUCUUCAACCUACGAGACUGUGCCUGAUUUUCAGAGAGUGCAGAUCACUGGGGACUAUGCCUCUGGGGUAACGGUUGAAGAUUUUGAAGUGGUUUGUAGAGGUCUGUACCGGGCAUUGUGUAUCCGGGAGAAAUACAUGCAGAAGUCCUUUCAGAGGUUCCCUAAGACCCCCUCCAAGUACAUGAGGAAUAUCGACGGCCAAGCUUGGGUAGCAAAUGAGAACUUCUAUCCAGUCUUUACCCCUCCCCCGAAGAAGGGAGAAGACCCCUUCAGAACAGAUAACCUUCCUGAAAACCUGGGCUAUCACCUCCACAUGAAGGACGGUGUAGUGUACAUCUAUCCUAAUGAAGCCGCUGCCAGCAAAGAUGAGCCCAAGCCAUACCCUUACCCAAAUCUGGAUGCCUUCCUAGACGAUAUGAAUUUUUUGCUUGCUUUAAUUGCCCAAGGACCUGUAAAGACUUAUUCCCACCGGCGCCUGAAGUUCCUCCUGUCCAAGUUUCAGGUCCAUCAAAUGCUCAAUGAGAUGGAUGAGCUAAAGGAGCUGAAGAACAACCCCCACCGAGAUUUUUAUAACUGCAGAAAGGUGGACACCCACAUCCACGCAGCUGCUUGCAUGAACCAGAAACAUCUGCUGCGCUUUAUUAAAAAGUCGUACCACAUUGAUGCGGACAGAGUGGUCUAUAGCACCAAAGAGAAGACUCUGACCUUAAAGGGGCUUUUUGACAAAUUGAAAAUGCACCCGUAUGACCUGACCGUGGAUUCUCUGGACGUUCAUGCUGGUCGCCAGACAUUCCAGCGUUUUGAUAAAUUCAAUGACAAAUACAAUCCUGUGGGAGCGAGCGAGCUUCGGGACCUCUACCUGAAGACGGACAACUACAUUAAUGGAGAAUAUUUUGCCACUAUCAUCAAGGAGGUAGGAGCAGACCUGGUGGAUGCCAAGUACCAGCACGCAGAGCCCCGCCUGUCCAUCUAUGGUCGCAGUCCUGAUGAGUGGGACAAACUUUCCUCCUGGUUUGUCCACAACCGCAUCUACUGCCCCAACAUGACGUGGAUGAUCCAGGUCCCCAGGAUCUAUGAUGUGUUCCGAUCCAAGAAUUUCCUUCCACACUUUGGGAAAAUGCUGGAGAAUAUUUUCAUGCCAGUGUUUGAGGCCACCAUCAACCCCCAGGCUCACCCAGACCUCAGUGUCUUCCUCAAGCAUAUCACCGGCUUUGACAGCGUGGAUGAUGAGUCCAAACACAGCGGUCACAUGUUUUCUUCCAAGAGUCCCAAGCCCCAGGAGUGGACAAUGGAAAAGAAUCCGUCCUAUACGUACUACGCCUACUAUAUGUAUGCAAACAUCAUGGUGCUCAACUGCCUGAGAAAGGAACGAGGCAUGAAUACCUUUCUGUUCCGACCUCACUGUGGGGAAGCUGGAGCUCUCACCCACCUGAUGAUAGCAUUCAUGAUAGCAGAUAAUAUCUCUCAUGGUCUGAAUUUGAAAAAGAGUGCUGUGUUACAGUACUUGUAUUUCUUAGCCCAGAUUCCCAUCGCCAUGUCACCACUGAGUAACAACAGCCUAUUUCUCGAGUAUGCGAAAAAUCCAUUUUUAGACUUCCUGCAGAAAGGGUUAAUGAUCUCACUGUCCACCGAUGACCCCAUGCAGUUCCACUUCACCAAGGAGCCCCUGAUGGAGGAGUAUGCCAUUGCUGCACAAGUCUUCAAGCUGAGCACCUGCGACAUGUGUGAAGUGGCAAGGAACAGCGUUCUGCAGUGUGGGAUCGCUCAUGAGGAAAAAGUAAAGUUUCUGGGUGACAAUUAUCUUGAGGAAGGCCCUGUUGGAAAUGAUAUCCGAAAGACAAAUGUAGCCCAAAUCCGCAUGGCCUAUCGUUAUGAGACCUGGUGUUACGAGCUCAAUUUAAUUGCUGAAGGUCUUAAAUCAACAGAAUAAAAUAAAUUAACCAAAUGAAAA